GGCGACCUGGCUUUUCCCCGCUUUGAGAUCCCGGCGCAGCGGUUUGCCCUGCCCGCGCACUACCUGGAGCGCUCCCCGGCCUGGUGGUACCCCUACACCCUGACCCCCGCCGGUGGCCACCUCCCGCGACCUGAAGUGACUGCUGACUGGAAGAAGGGCGCCGAGAGCCCCGAGAAGAAGCCCGCGUGCCGCAAGAAGAAGACGCGCACGGUCUUCUCGCGCAGCCAAGUCUUCCAGCUCGAGUCCACCUUCGACAUGAAGCGCUACCUGAGCAGCUCGGAGCGCGCCUGCCUGGCCUCCAGCCUGCAGCUCACCGAGACGCAGGUCAAGACUUGGUUCCAGAACCGGCGCAACAAGUGGAAGCGGCAGCUCUCGGCCGAGCUGGAGGCGGCCAACAUGGCCCACGCGUCGGCGCAGACUCUGGUGGGGCUGCCGCUGUUCGGAACCCGAGCCGAGAGGGACACAGGCCGGGAGGCGGGCGAGCGCCCGAUGACCGGCUCUAACGAGUUCAAGCUGAACCAGCCGCCCGAGGACGGCAUCUCGUCGGUGAAGUUCAGCCCCAACACGUCGCAGUUCCUGCUGGUGUCGUCCUGGGACACGUCGGUGCGGCUCUACGACGUGCCGGCCAACUCGCUGCGGCUCAAGUACCAGCACUCGGGCGCCGUCCUGGACUGCGAAGGGCUGUUGCUGCUGACUCCCGACGGCCGGGUCCGGGGCGCUUAG